AUGACUCUACCAGUUCAGAGUAAUUUAGUAAGAUGGGGAAAAGUACCGAAAAAACUUGCUAUAUCUGUGGAAAGGCAGUUGGAACUGCUAAGCAUCUGCUGGUGGGAUGUUCGUAGUAGAUUUGUACGCGGUAGAGGUGGGAGCGAGAGGUAUAACAGCGAAAUCUACAACCUACUAAAGGACCUGGGCUUGUCCAGAACUCACAUUAAUGCAUUCUUGGAACGUACAUCGAAGGCAGCCAUAGUAGGUUCUUAUCAAAUUUGGUUAGGUAGGGAGAGGAGCUUGGACAGUGGAGGUGAGCGUAUAACGCGCGUUAAAUGA